GAUCCUGUUUCGGAUUGAUACGAAAACCAGCAAGCCAAGAGGAUAAUUAACUAGAUAAGUAAUACCUGUCCAACUUAGCCUCUUGUUUGCUUGGCUUUUUCUUUUUUUGCAGGGGAUUUAUUUCUCUUUUCUCGAGGAGUGACUUCUUUUCUUGCCUUUACCUAUUAUUAUUAUCUUUCUUUAUAAGUAAUGAUAGUAACGAUCAUGAUCAUGACGAUGGUGGAUGUUUGACGGCGAGGAUGAUGAUCGCGAUGCAUUCUUGAUUUCGGAUUUACGCUCCUUGUUUGAUUCAAUUCGAAGAAGCAUCAGGGUGUUCAGUUCUAAUCUCGACAUUGACGGUAUUCUUUCUCCCUUUUAACGACUACACUUCUUGCUGCGGGGACGAUCUGCAACAUUGCGAGUGCCUUUCUUUUUUGUUCUAGUUUGAACAACGAACCGUCGACAUAAAUACCACAUGCCGAGCCAGGCACGCAGUCGUGAUCGCUAUCGCAGCGAUCGCGAUCGCGAUCGUUCGUAUCGCAGAUACCGCAACGAUGAUGACGAUGAAUUCGUCUACGACGAGAGCCCUGAUGAAAGGAGGCAUCGCGCCCCUCGCCAUGUGCGCGGCGAGUCGCGAGACUACGGCUCCCAGGAUCAAGAUGUCGAUGAUGAGAGGGGAUAUGAGGAGGAUCCGAUGAUGGUUGAUUCGCGAAGGAGACUUGCAGAACCGGCGCCUAUUCGGUCCAGUCCUCGUCAUGAGAGGGCUGGAGAGAGUAGUAGGAGGAGAGAGAGGUCAAAGGCGAAGGAGUCACCGGCUACGUCGCCUAUAAAGAAGAGAGAUCGCGAACGGGAUCGCGAGGGCCAUCGAAGACGGGAGAGGGCACUGGAUUAUGAUGGGAGUCCGACCAGAGGGGCCAGAGUCAGAGAGAGAAGACAUCGUGAUUUGGAUAUGCAGGAUGAUUUUGAUAGAGAUAGGGAACUGGAGAGGGAGCUGCGCAGGCAGAGACGGAGAGAAAGAGACCGUGAGAGAGAGCGAGAGCGAUAUGAGCGCGAGGUGGUUGCUGCGAAGCAUACCAGCGCUGAUUCGGCAAAUAGCUCGUCUCAGCUCCUGAGCAGUGACGCAUUGUCCAAAAUUGAUACGCAGUACGAGAGGAACGAGAUACUGGAGAGGGAGUUAAUGCGAAAGGAAGAGAAGAAGCAGCGGCGAAGAGAGAGAGAUCGCGGCUUUAUAUCUGCGGAGGAUACACCACCACGGAGGAGCAGAAAAUCAAGAAUCGUUUCAGGGGCUAUAAUGGAGGAGGGCAGGAGUCCCCAUUCCAAGCUGAAAGGAAGAGGUGGUGGUGGCCCGGAAUUCGAGGAGCGAUGGCGAAAAGAGGGUGGAGACGAAUAUAUGGAACAGCAGAAGGCCAAAAAGAAAAAGAAGUGGAUAUGGAUUGCCAUUGGAGUUGUCAUUCUCUUGCUCAUUAUCAUCAUCCCAACGGCCGUUGUUGUCUCGAAGAAAAAGAGCAAUGAUUCAAGUGACUCCAGCUCUUCCAGCGGGGAUUCGAAUUCGAACCUCAAAGGCAUUAGUCCGGAUAGUAUUCCGGCGUCUGCGAAGGGGACUGUUUUGGACCCUUUCACUUGGUACACUACGACAGACUUCAAUGUCACUUACACAAAUGAGACCGUUGGUGGACUCCCGAUCAUGGGUCUGAAUUCUACAUGGGACGAUUCUGCUCGUCCAAAUCCUAAUGUUCCCCCUCUGAACCAGAACUUCACGUAUGGGAAGACGCCUAUUCGUGGAGUCAACCUGGGCGGCUGGCUAUCCAUCGAGCCUUUCAUCACGCCUUCUCUGUUCGACUCCUACUCGUCUCAGGCCGGUGUUAUAGACGAGUAUACACUAUCACAGAAACUGGGACAGUCGGCUGCAUCGACGAUCGAGAAACAUUAUGCUACGUUCAUCACCGAGCAAGACUUCCAACAAAUCGCACAGGCCGGUCUCGACCAUGUCAGGAUUCAGUACUCGUACUGGGCCGUCACCACCUACGACGGAGAUCCGUAUGUUCCCAAGAUUGCCUGGCGAUACCUUCUCCGGGCAAUCGAGUAUUGUAGAAAAUACGGACUGCGAGUCAACCUGGAUCUCCACGGUAUUCCUGGAAGCCAGAACGGAUGGAAUCACAGCGGUCGUCAAGGCACUGUUGGGUGGUUGAACGGAACCGACGGUGACUUGAACCGGCAACGUUCCAUUGAUAUCCACAACCAGCUCUCGCAAUUCUUCGCCCAGCCUCGGUACAAGAACGUCGUCACGAUCUAUGGUCUUGUUAACGAACCAAAGAUGCUUAGUCUGCCAAUUGAGUCGGUUCUCAACUGGACGACGCAGGUGACCGAGCUGGUCCAGAAGAACGGGAUCACCGCCUGGAUUGCUUUUGGAGAUGGAUUCUUGAACCUAGCUAAAUGGCAUUCGAUGCUGAAGGAUGGGCCUUCGAACAUGUUGUUGGAUACGCACCAGUACACGAUCUUCAACACAGGCGAGAUUGGCAUGAACCACACGGCCAAGAUCAAUUUGAUCUGUACGGAUUGGGUCGGUAUGAUUGGGCAGGUAGACAGCACGAGCGCGGGCUGGGGUCCGACCAUUUGCGGCGAAUGGUCCCAAUCCGACACCGACUGCGCCCAAUUCCUCAACAAUGUCGGCUGGGGAACGCGCUGGACCGGCACCUACGACACAGGCGAUUCCGACACGUCCGUCACGACCCCUCUAUGUCCUACAUCACCAAACUGCGAGUGCAGCGCCGCCAACGCCGACCCAACCACCUACUCUGACGAUUACAAGAAAUGGCUCCUGACCUACGCGGAGGCACAGAUGUUCGCAUACGAAAAGGCCCACGGCUGGUUCUACUGGACGUGGAAGACAGAGUCUGCCGCGCAGUGGAGUUAUCAAACAGCAUGGCAGAAUGGUUUCAUGCCUAAAUUGGCGUAUCAGCCGGAUUUUACCUGUGGGGAGAUUCCGUCUUUUGGUAGUUUACCGGAGAAUUAUUGAUUUUGGAUAUAUCCAUUUUGCGCUUCCUUUCCUUGUUUUCUUGGCAAUUUCUUUUUUUGGGGGAACAUACGUCAAUACCUACCUAAGAUAUGAGUGCAGUUUUGGGGUUUUGUUGUUUGUUUGUAUUAUAUUUGUGAGCGGAUUGGUAAUUCUGGUCCUAUUUGAACUGCACGUCGAGACGUCGAGAGUAUGUAUGCAUGUUAGGUAGACGAGUACAUAAUGAAUCAUAGAUAAUGUCAAAGCUAUCGGGUAUUAAGAAUGAUGACUGGACUUU